AUGUCGUUUCGCGGGGGUUCACGUGGCCGCGGUGGCGGUGGUGGUUUCGGUGGCCGUGGAGGAGGUCGCGGCGGCUUCCAACAACGCGAUAUGGGCCCUCCCGCUCAGGUUCUCGAGAUGGGCAAGUUCAUUCAUUCUUGCGAAGGUGAAAUGGUCGUCGAGUCUACCAAUGCCAAGAUUCCUCACUUCAACGCGCCUAUCUACCUAGAGAACAAGACUCCGGUUGGCAAGGUCGACGAAGUUCUCGGUCCCAUCAACCAGGUUUACUUCACCAUCAAGCCCACCGAGGGCAUCCAGGCCACUUCCUUCAAGGUUGGCGACAAGUUCUACAUUGCCGGCGAGAAGCUCCUGCCCCUCGAGAAGUUCCUUCCCAAGCCUAAGCCUCCCCCGGGAGCCAGCAAAGUCAAGAAGCCCAGCCGUGGCGGCGCGUCCCGCGGUGGUCGUGGAGGUCCCGGUGGACGUGGUGGUAGGGGAGGAUUCGGUGGCCGCGGUGGUGGUGGAUUUGGCGGCGGUCGCGGCGGCGGUGGUUUCGGCGGUGGUCGUGGCGGUGGCCGCGGCGGCAGCGGUUUCGGCGGCCGUGGAGGCGGUGGCCGCGGAGGUGGUGGUUUCUCUCGUGGCGGCAGAGGAGGCUUCAGCCGGUAA